AUAUCUCGUCAAAAAAAAAGCCUAAUAUCCCGCCAAAAAAAAGAAGCCCAAUAUUACUCUAAACCCUAACUCUAUGCCCAUAUUUAAUCGAUAACCAUAUUUGCAGUCAUCUUCUCUUCACCAGAGGUCUAGGGUUUUCGCCGAACACGAAAAAUGGGGAAGGGAACAGGGAGUUUCGGUAAGAGGAGGAACAAGACCCACACUUUGUGUGUGAGGUGUGGCCGCCGCAGUUUCCACCUUCAGAAGAGCCGGUGCUCUGGCUGUGGAUUUCCUGCUGCUCGCAAGAGGAAGUAUAAUUGGAGUGAGAAGGCAAUCAGGAGGAAGACAACCGGAACAGGUAGAAUGAGGUACCUACGUAAUGUUCCCAGGCGGUUCAAGACCGGUUUCAGAGAAGGUACUCAAGCAGCUCCAAGGAAGCACGCCACAGAUGCCUCUUAAUUUGGAGUCGUUGAAAUUUUUUUGGGCGGACAUUUUUAUCUUUAGUUGUAGUUUUCCAUUAAAGCGUGGGAUUAGCCAAUUUUGUAUUAACUGCAGAAUUUGUAUUAGGAAUGAAAUGUUCACAAUUCUGGGAAAGUUUUCAGUUGUUUAGCUAAAUGACAUCAUACCUCAAACUAAAGUAUUAUCCUCGGGUCUUUUGCUACAAAGAUUUGUGAUUGUAUGAUGCAUUAUUAACCUUCUCCUAUAUUUACUGCCUGUCAGUUGAAUGUUCGAAGUGAGUUAUAACAUGCUGAAGUUUGGUCUGA